GCUUAAUCGGGAAGUGAAGAUCUGGUCCUCAGCGAGUGAAGAAGGCUGGCUACUUCCCAGUGAUGCUGAGUCAUGGAAAUGUACCCAGACCUUAGAGUUAAAGGGCUCUGCUCAACCUCGAGUUGAGGAUGCAUUCUUUAAUCAAGUCAUAGCAUUGUCACAAGCUGGCCUUCUUUUAGUUGCAAAUGCUAAGAAGAAUGCUAUAUAUGCCGUGCACUUAGACCUUGGUGGUGAGCCAGCAUCUACAUGCAUGGAUUACAGAGCAGAAUUUACAAUGCUUAUUUUGAGCUUUACUGGGACAAGUAUAUCACCUCAUGGUGAAUAAAUUUAUUGUGUCCAAACACAAGCCAUUCAACAGUAUGGUUUGGACUUAUCCAAGUGCUUACCUCCCCUAUUGGAGAAUUCAGGUUUAGAAAAGUUCUUUUGUUUCCAGGCAUCCGAUCUUGGAAUUGAGAUGGCCGGGGAUUGCUGUGCAAUAUCAUUAGAAUCUUAUAUUACAGAUGAAGCUUGGCAAGGUGAUGGUGCCAGCAUGUCAGAACCACUAGCCCAGCCUCAUUCUGGAGAGGAAGACCACGAUCGCUCUACAAAAAAUAUAUCUGGGCCUGCUACCGCCACAACCGCAUCACAACUACAAGCACCAAAUGCAAAGUCGAGAAAACAGAAAUGGAAAAAUAUGCAAGCAUCAGGUCAAUCUUCCCCAUCACCAGGUGUGCUCAACUCAAUAGAGCCCUCUAAUGAAGCAGGUGGGAGUUCAAGUCCCCCCUCCGGAGAAGCUGCAUUUCCUCAAAUUAUGGCCAGGCAGGAUAUGAUGAAUCAGCUAAUGACUAUGCAAAAAGAAUUGCAAAAGCAGAUGACAAUGAUGGUUACCGUCCCAAUUACUAAGGAAGGCAAACGAUUAGAGGCUGCUCUCGGUCGGAGUAUGGAGAAGGCUGUAAAGGCCAAUAAUUUGCUUUGUGGGCUUGGUUUCAAGAAGUGAAUGCAAAGAAUGAGAAAUUAUUGCGAGACCGUACUCAACAAGUAACUGGUUUGAUUGUGAACAAGGACUUUCCAGUCAUGUUAGAGAAAAUGGUAAAAAAAGAAACAGCUGCUGUUGGACAAGCUGUUGUUCGUGCAGUCACUCCAGCUAUGCAGAAAACAAUAACUUCGGCUAUAUAUGAUUGC